AUGGACUCCCUCAACCACUUUUCUCCUCCUACAACUUUCUUAUGCCCUAGGCUACGAUACAAAAAACAAAUGGACCCAGAAACCUAUUUCAUUGAAAAACAAACUGAUCCGUCUUUAGAAGAAUCUCACCGUCUUUCCUUCUUCGAUUCUGUCAUCAGCAAACUUUAUUCGGACAUUACCUAUUUGUGUGACGUUUGCAGUCGUAAAAUAAAUUAUUUCACUGAUUUUUGGUGUGACAAAUGUGACCAAGCCUACCACAAAGAAUGUGUUGAAUCUCCACCUGAAAUUAAAGUCCCUUACCAUCCCAAACACCCUCUCCAACUUCUUUUUUCAUCCCCCAAGAGUACACUUCCUGUAGGGAGCAGCCACUACAACAAGUGUAAUUGUUGUGGAGAAAAUACUCAUGAAGGUAUCUAUUACUCUUGUUCUAUAUGUGAUUUUAAUUUACAUCCUGUUUGUGCAAUAAAUUUGAGCAGCCUAUCUAUAAACUACCCAAAAAGGCAUGAACAUACACUCACAUACUUCCCUCGAGUAAACUCCCUAACUUGUGACGUUUGUGCAUUGGGUAAUGAUAAGCAUUUCAUCUACGUUUGUUACCAAUGUGAUUUCAUCGUCCAUAAUACGUGUAUCUACUUACCAACCACAAUUAGAAUAUCCCGUCAUUACCACCGUCUUUCAUUCAUUGCUCCUAUUACUAAUAAGAAUAAUUGGUCUUGUGGAGUUUGUCACCAAAGGGUUGACAAAAAUUAUGGAAAAUACUCUUGUGUGAAGGAUUGCGAUUAUGUUGUUCAUUCUAAAUGUGCAACACGAGAAGAUUUAUGGGACGGAAAAGAACUUGAAGGAGAACCAGAAGUCGAGUAUGAAGAUAUUAAGGCGUUCAAAGAGAUACGCGACAGAGUCAUAAAACAUGUCAGUCAUCCAUAUCAUAACAUGAGACUUGACAAGAAGGAGAAUGGUAGAGUGGAAGUCGAAAAAUGGUGUCGAGCGUGCAUCCUUCCUAUCUAUGAAGGUAACAUUUAUAGUUGCAUGAGAUGUGAAUUUAUCCUCCAUGAAACAUGUGCACAUCUUCCUCGUAAAAAAUGGCAUCCACUACAUGCCCAUCCACUUACUCUACAAGUGUCACGUAAGUUCGAGUGUAAAUUCGAGUGCGUAGCUUGUGAAAACCAUUGUUGUGGUUUCGCAUACACGUGCUACGAAGGCGAUUGUUCUUUUCAGUUAGAUGUACGAUGUGCUUUGGUUUCGGAACCUUUCACUCAUCAGUUACACCCACAUCCGUUAUUCUUAACAUCUGGCGAAGGCGGCAUUAAACUCAGAAGAUGUUCCAUGUGUGGAAAAGAAAAGCAACAUUUGAGCUGUAUCGAAUGUUCUAAUUUUGUUUUUUGUUUCCGUUGUGCCACUUUAUUAUAUAAGGUGAAGUACAAACAUGAAGAACAUUAUAAUCUCACUUUACCCUACAAAGAAGAUACAGGAGGAUACAAUUGGUGUGACAUAUGUGAGAAGGAAAUAUAUCCACAUGUUGGUUUUUAUACGUGUGAUUCGUUGUCUAACAUCACAGUUCACAUUGAAUGUUUAUUGGGGGUUGAUCCAUUUAUGAACCAUGGUCAACAUUUCGUAAUCAACGGCUAUCUAUGGGUUUGGAUUAUUCCCAACGAUGGUCUUACUCGAGAAAUUUGCGUGGGGUGUGGAAAUCAUUGUCUUUAUAGAAUAGCCUAUGAAGCUCAUUCUUUAAACAGAAAGAGACUAUUACUUUGUUCCAUGGAGUGUUUAUGUUCUGUCCUAGAGCUGCCCUAUAAUUACUUCUAG